CCUCCACAUACACAUCGCGCGCGCUCACCGCCCUUCGCCUUGCGCGCGCCCGCCCCGCGCGGGGGUGAGGAGUGGGUGUGGCUGGGCCGUCCUGCGCCUGCGCGGCGAAGGGCAGGGGGCUGGUCGCGCGCUGUGGGCAGCGCGCAGUAGCGCGGAGUGGCGGAUGGAGCCUCCCCCUGGCGCCGCAGAAGGCUCUAAGCUGAGACAUGUAGAAAAAGACGUUUUGAUCCCACAAAUAAUGAGAGAGCGAGCCAAGGAGCUAUGUUCAGAUAAAGUGCAAGCAUUUACCAAAUGCUGUCAAGAAACCGGUCUUCUUAUGGUGGUGAAGUGUCGGCAAGAGAACACAGCACUGAAAGAUUGUCUGGUUGGCUACUAUUCUGAUCCACUGUUCUAUGAGGAAUGCAAAACAGAAUAUCUGAAGCAAAGAGAAGAAUAUAGAGCAACUGGAAUUAAGAAGAAAAGACAGAAGCUUUCUUCAAAUGUGUAGCUAUAAUGAACUUUUUCAAAUUUUAUAUCCAACUUUGAUUUUACUUGAUUUAAACAGACUUAAAUCGUCUGUACCCCUCUGUGUGGAAUUUAACUCAAAUACACAAAAUGAGGUGAAUGGAGAAUAAAAGAAUAUCUGAACUUAAA